UUUGGGCGCUUGAGGACGGCUGAAUCCCGUUGCGAUGCAUGGAGGCUGCUGGGAAACGCUCCCCGGGGCUCCGGAGCGCAUGAGGCGGAUCCAGCCCACCGACGGUCCUCAGCACCGGGGGCUUCCGGCCGCUCGUCUGCAGCUCUGCCCAGCGGUCAGUCAGUAGGUUCGGCUUCAGGAGCGCGGCUCGGUUCGGGAACCACGGCGCGGGGAGAUCUCCGCCGACAGCGCCGCGAUCCGACAGCCUGAAGCUUCAUCACGUCCCCGCGUCGGUAGAUCCUGCGUCUGCCCAGCGGCCGGCAUCUAUGCAAUUUUAUUUCGACUUUUCUUUUUAUUAUGAGCACAGAGGAGGGAGAGGCUGGUCCAGUUUAUGGGGAGGCUCGGGGAGACACCGCCAUCACCCAGCGCCACACCUGGGAGGAGGAAGCGGAGCCGCACGGCGCCCAAGGACGUCCGCGCCCCGGCGAGGAGGACGAGGGACCGCGGGGGGGACAGCGGGACGAGGAGGCGGAGGACUGCCGGGAGGGCCGGAGCUGCGGGGAUGCGUGCGAGGGGGGAACAGAGACAUUCACGGAGGAGAACAGCGGGGGGAACAUUUCCAGUGAGGACGGGGCGGUCGGGGGCAGGUCCUGCAAGGCGCCGGCGAUGCAUUCCAACUGCAGCAGCGAGACCUGCAUCCCCACUCCCAGCUGCCGGAUCUGCUUCCAGGGCGCAGAGCAGGGCGACUUGCUGAACCCGUGCCGGUGCGACGGCUCGGUGCGCUACACCCACCAGCACUGCCUGCUGAAGUGGAUCAGCGAGCGCGGCUGCUGGACCUGCGAGCUCUGCUGCUACCGCUUCCAGGUCAUCGCCAUCAACAUGAAGAGGCCGUGGCAGUGGCAGUCCAUCACCAUCACGCUGGUGGAGAAGGUGCAGAUCAUCGCCGUGUUCCUGGGCUCGCUCUUCCUGGUGGCCAGCAUUUCGUGGCUGCUGUGGUCGGCCCUCAGCCCGCAGGCCAUCUGGCAGCGCCGAGACGUCCUCUUCCAGAUCUGCUACGGCAUGUACGGCUUCAUGGACCUGGUCUGCGUAGGUUUGAUCGUCCACGAAGGAGCGGCGGUGUACAACGUCUUCAUGCGAUGGCGGGCGGUGAACCUCCACUGGGACGUUCAGAGCUACGAUAAGGCCAAGGACAUGGAGGAGGCGAGCGCCGGCCACUCCGCGCUGGCCCCCAGGACUCUGUGGCUGCCGCUGGCCACCCUGGGCCCCGGCGGCCCCCUGCACCCCACCCAGCUGCGGGCGCCGCCCUGGACCUGCCUCUGCUUGGCGCCCUUCUGCCCCGGCCUGCUGCCCCGGAACAACCCGGGCCCGGACGGCGACUCGGGAGAGGUCGUCAUCCGUGUCACGUCAGUGUAA